AUGACGAAGGAAAACAUCAUGAGGAUAGAGGCAGAAAGAAAGGCACAUGAGAAACCUGAUGAAGAAAACCAACCAAAUUAUGAAUACAUUCAUAUAUUUAAAAGCAUACCAGCCUUAUUCGAGUAUCUUUUAAAUGCCUUAGAAGAAAGACCGGAAAUAUUGGAGAAAAAUGAUGUAACAAUAUUCAAAAGAAACGUGGAUAUUGUUGAUGAAGAAAAUGAAAGUACAGAUGAACAUAAAACUGAUAAACGGGAAGUUGGUUGUGAUAAUAAAGAAGGUAGAUUUGAAGAAAAUAAUAAGAUUGAUAAAAGAGAUGCUGAAACAACUAACGUUAAAGAGAAUGUUAAAUCUUAUGAAUUUGGUAACAGUAAUAUUGUCAUGAAGGAUUAUGAUGAUGCACCAAAUGUCAAAAGAUUUGCGGCUAAAAUACAUCCUAAAGACAUCCGAGCUUCAAGAGAUAAAGUAAAAAUAGAAAAAGCUAAAUUCAAUAAGUUUCAAAAUUAUCGAGGGAAAAGAAGUGUUUUGAUGAAAUUAAGUGAUGAUGAUGAGGACGUAUUUCUGCAAAAAGAAAAUACUUUUUACGGUUUUCAAAAUUUCUUUGAUUUGGAUCUAAACCCAGAAGAUAUAGAGGAACGUAUUUUGACAGCGGAGAAACUUCUGGAAGAACAUAACAGUAAGAAAGACAAAGAUAAAUAAAUAGUUUUACGAAUUGUGUUAGCUUAUUAAAUUGGAGAUGAAUUGUUUUAAAAAUACAGCAAUUGUCGAAAAUUUUGCA